GAUAGUCAAAGUUCCUGUAAGCACGCUCGGGCUUUUGGAAGUUGGAACACCCACCCUCUUCAUUUUUAUUUAUAAGAAGAAGAAUGAACACGAGAGAAAUAGUUAUUUGGCUGCUAAGCUAGCCAAGAUUGAGCAGCUUAACCCCAGCCAAUUCCACGCGCGCUCUUUAAACUAUAGAAGCUGAGGAAUAAAGGUGCCGUUUGCAUGACUCUCGAAUAUGGGGAUUUUGGGGUCAGAAGAGAGCAUGAGGGUGGAGUUGGAGGAACUCCGGCUGAUGUUGGUGGCCUGUGCAGGCCUGCAAAGGAGGAAAGAUGAGGAACAAUUCAAAGGAGCACGUGUUUCCUCCAUGGGUAUGGACAUCGAUGAUGCAGACAAGUUGGUCUGUGUCACCAGUGGCGUCUCUUAUUUAGGUCUCGCUAUUGUAAACAAGCUUUUGGUUCGUGGCUACUCCGUCCGGAUUAUUGUUGAAAAUCAAGAGGACAUAAAUAAAUUGAGGGAGAUGGAAAGCUCGGGAGAGAUGAUGACAGGUAGCAAUAACCUAUCAGCAGUUAUGGCGAAGUUAACUGAGAUUGAAAGCUUGACAGAAGCAUUCCAGGGGUGUCGUGGCGUCCUUCACACCUCUGCAUUCACCGACCCUGCUGGACUUUCCGGCUACACGAAAUCAAUGGCUGAGAUAGAAGUAAGGGCCUGCGAGAAUGUGAUGAGAGCAUGCGCAAGAACACCAUCGGUAAGAAAGUGUGUUCUGACAUCCUCGCUCUUAGCUUGCGUCUGGCGGGGGAAAAACCAGUGUGAUCUCUCUCCCGUGGUUAACGAUGACUGCUGGAGUGAUGAAUCAUUCUGCACAGAAAAUAAGCUGUGGUAUUCCUUGGGUAAGCUGAGGGCAGAGAAGGCGGCAUGGAGAGUAGCAAAGGAGACGGGGCUACAACUGGCCACCAUAUGCCCAGCUCUCGUUACUGGUCCCGAAUUUUGUCCUAGAAAUCCAACGGCAACAAUUGCUUAUCUUAAAGGCGCACAAGAGAUGUACUCAAACGGCACGCUGGCAACAGUGGAUGUAAGCAAAUUGGCAGCAGCAGAAGCAUGUGUUUAUGAUGCAAUGGACAAGAAUGCAGGCGGCAGAUACAUUUGCUUCGAUGAUGUUGUUGACAGAGACAGAGCAGAAAAGUUAGCUCGAGAAGCAGGGGUGCCAACAAACAAGAUCUGCGGGAAUUCAGAUUCUGAAGAUGUUCAGGCUCGGUUUCGGUUGUCGAAUGAGAAGCUUUCUAGUCUCAUGUCAAGAACACUCCGAUGCUGUUAUGGUGAAUGCUAAGAGAUCGAUUUUACGUCCCUUUUCAAGUCACCCUCUCACUCACUUUAUACAUAUUAAUUAGAGAGAGCAUUAGACA